CUUCUUCAAAGUCUUCACUCUCGCUCGUCCACCCACGACCUACAAAAAAACCCACUCUCACACCUGCAGACACAAACUCUCUCUCGCACCUACUCAGAGCUCGAUUAGGCCGUCAAUGGCGGCCUUGGAGACCUCCAAGGAAACAAUCUUAAGAUACGCUUUUGGCAAUGUCCUCUCCUUCUUCAUCCUCGUCCUGAUCGGUGUUCUCGCUUUCUCGAUUCGACUGUUCUCUGUUAUAAAGUACGAAAGUGUUAUUCACGAGUUUGAUCCUUAUUUCAAUUAUCGAGUCACUCAGUACUUGACAAAGAAUGGGAUAUAUGAUUUUUGGAACUGGUUUGACGAUCGAACCUGGUAUCCUCUCGGUCGUGUUAUUGGAGGAACUGUUUACCCCGGACUGACAUUGACUGCAGGCACCAUAUGGUGGCUUUUGAGUUCUUUAAACAUUCCUCUGUCUGUGGAAACUGUUUGUGUAUUUACUGCACCUAUAUUCUCUGCCUUUGCCUCAUGGGCUACAUACCUUCUGACUAAGGAAGUUAAGGGUGCUGGUGCUGGACUGACGGCGGCUGCUCUUCUGGCCAUGGUUCCAUCAUAUAUAUCUCGAUCUGUGGCUGGCAGCUAUGACAAUGAAGCCGUAGCUAUAUUUGCUUUGAUAUUCACCUUUUACCUUUAUAUAAAGACACUGAAUACAGGAUCCCUCUUCUAUGCCACAUUAAAUGCCAUAUCAUACUUUUACAUGGUUUGCUCUUGGGGAGGGUACACCUUUAUCAUUAACCUUAUUCCGAUGCAUGUUCUUCUGUGCAUUGUAACUGGUCGCUACUCUUCUCGACUGUACAUUGCAUAUGCUCCUCUUGUUGUCUUGGGAACUUUGCUAGCUUCCUUAGUGCCUGUUGUUGGAUUUAAUGCAGUGAUGACAUCAGAACAUUUUGCAUCAUUCUUGGUUUUCAUUAUUAUCCAUGUGGUGGCACUUGUGUAUUACAUCAAAGGGAUUCUUUCCCCAAAGAUGUUCAAAGUUGCUGUUACCUUUGUUGUCUCUAUUGGCCUGGUGGUGUGUGGUGCUGCGCUAGCUGUACUUAUAGCAUUGGUGGCUUCAAGUCCGACAAAGGGAUGGAGUGGACGAAGUUUGAGUCUGCUUGAUCCAACAUAUGCAAGCAAGUACAUACCUAUUAUUGCUAGUGUUAGUGAGCAUCAGCCUCCGACUUGGCCUUCUUAUUUUAUGGACAUCAAUGUCCUGGCAUUCUUGGUUCCUGCUGGAAUUAUAGCAUGCUUCUUGCCACUGUCUGAUGCAAGCUCCUUUGUGAUCCUUUAUAUUGUCACAUCUGUUUAUUUCUCUGGAGUCAUGGUGCGGCUUAUGCUUGUACUUGCUCCAGCAGCAUGCAUCAUGUCUGGGAUUGCUCUUUCAGCAGCUUUUGAUGUUUUUACACGGUCAAUCAAAUUUCAGUUGCCUGGAGCAACUGAAAAUUUCGAACGUGAUGCAGGAGAAACUAGUUCCAAUAGUGUUGUAGCACAGAAUGAUGUGGCCAAGACUGAAAAGAAUGAAGAUGCAGUGAAGGAGCGACCCUCGAAAAAGAAUAGGAAGAAGGAGAAGGAGAAUGUGGAAAAGCCUUCCGUUAAGUCCCAAAUUAAGAAGAAGCUACUGAUUUUACCUUUGGAAGCAUCUAUCAUUGCUAUUUUCUUGCUUGUGUUGCUGGGCGCUUUCUAUGUGGUUCACUGUGUCUGGGCUGCGGCAGAAGCUUAUUCAGCUCCAUCAAUCGUUCUGACAUCUCAUUCACAUGAUGGUCUUCAUGUUUUUGAUGAUUUUCGAGAGGCUUAUGCAUGGUUGAGCCACAAUACUGAGGUGGAUGAUAAAGUUGCAUCUUGGUGGGACUAUGGUUACCAAACUACUGCUAUGGCUAAUCGUACUGUCAUUGUUGACAACAAUACAUGGAACAACACACAUAUUGCAACUGUUGGUACUGCAAUGUCUUCUCCUGAAAAGGCAGCGUGGGAAAUUUUUAACUCUUUAGAUGUAAAAUAUGUUCUUGUUGUCUUUGGAGGUCUUGUUGGCUACCCCAGUGAUGAUAUCAAUAAGUUCCUGUGGAUGGUCCGUAUAGGAGGCGGUGUAUUCCCUCAUAUCAAGGAACCUGAUUACCUUAGAGAUGGUCAGUAUCGCAUCGAUUCUCAGGCCACUCCAACUAUGCUAAAUUGCCUCAUGUACAAACUCUCAUAUUACAGGUUUGUGGAGACAGAUGGUAAAGCCUUUGAUAGGGUACGGCGUACAGAAAUUGGGAAGAAAUAUUUCAAACUUACCCAUUUUGAAGAGGUGUUUACGACUCAUCAUUGGAUGGUUCGCAUAUACAAACUGAAACCUCUGAAGAACAGGAUACGGGGAAGGGCCAAGAAAUCAAAAUCGAAAGCAAGCUCGACGACUAGCACCAAAAGAAUUGGGAUGAAAAAGAAGAAUCCUUGGCACUAAUGUCAUAAUGUCCCCCCCGCCCCCGCCCCCCUGCCGAAUUCAGUGACUCUAGUUGAUCCAUGAAAGUGUACUAGAGAGCCAUUUUGGAGGACUGCGCUGGCAUAGUUAGUCAUGUUUUCUUACACAAAUGCGAAAUGAUCGGUCCAAUAUUUGCAGCCUCGAAAGAUUUUGUACUUUUCUAGUCUUUAACACUUGGCCAGGGCUGAACACAUUUGGGUAGUUGUUUGGGAUUGGCUUCAAGUUCUACAUUCACUGUGAAUGUACUUCUCUGGCCCAUUAGAGAACACUUCCUUUUUUGCCAUGUGAUUUUUUUUUUAAAUUUUAUUUCUUGCGGUAAAUGCCCGUGGCAUUGCCAACUUGAGAUUAUUCUGUUUCUGUUUACUUAACAUGCCUAGGAAAAUUCACUGGAUUCGCUGC